AUGCGCAGGCACCCGCGAUGCAUGGCAGACCAGAGCAACGUUGCAGGUGACAAAAAUGCCGCAUUGGCUGCAAGAAUGCAACUGCGCGUGCAGUGCUGGUCAAGUGCUUUCUGCCCUUCUGCUGUCUUUGGCCCUUUCGGUGGAGUCCACACAUCCUUAGGUGUCCGUCAGAGCAGCCGCAUCAUCGUCAUCAGGAGAGCGGGCAGCAGCAAGUGCAGCGGCAUAGUCCCCGAGGUCAGCUCCGUGCUGCGGUUGCAGAGGGAGCCAGAGCAGCAUCGGAUGGAGGCGUUCCGGCUCAGGCCCAGCAGCUGUGGCUUCUCCCAGCAAAGCUUCUCCAAGCUGCAGCCACGCAGCAACGUCUGGCCUUCCUCUAGAAACAAACACAG